AGUGUGUUUGAAAUAUUAAUAUCAAUAUUCGUUAAUGACCUGAAAUAAACUCAUAACCUCGUAAAGACAUCUGACCCAUGUACCACUAUAUCAACCACCUAGAAAGUAAAGAAGCCACAAUUUGCACUCUAUAAUUUGUAUUGUUUCUUGGAAUUCAAAGCGAGGAGUGCACAUUCUUCGAAACCGUAGAGUACGCACACAUAUCCCCAACACAAAGGACGUAAAAUAGAGGACUAGAGAAAGUUCGGAUGAGUUUCCGAAACUCCCCGUAGUGGAGUUAGUCAAUAAUUGAAUUGUUGUGCACAGGACGGAGGUGUUAAAUGCACCAAAAACUGGAAAUGGGUCACUAGAGAAGAUGGGGAAACUAUUGUUUCUUAUGCUCAACUCUGCCCUCUUGUGGUGCUGGAUCUCAAUCACAAGCCCCGGCGCUUUCUCGCAAAACCAAACAGAUCGGCUCGCGUUAGCCUCCUUCAGAAACGCCAUACACGAAGACCCAUAUAGAGUCUUGAGCUCUUGGAAUGAUUCUACCCACCAUUGUGAGUGGCGAGGUGUUUUGUGCAGCAAAAGACAUCCUGGGAGGGUCACAUCCCUGGUCCUGACAUCACAAGGCUUGGGAGGCUUCCUAUCUCCUCACAUAGGUAACCUCUCUUUCCUGAGGAUCAUGAUUUUACAGAACAACAGCUUCCAUGGCGAAAUCCCACCACAAAUCGGCAACUUGCUUCGACUCCGUAAUCUCGUUCUUAGUAACAACUCAUUUGGCGGGCCGAUACCCUCCAGUCUUUCCCACUGCUUGAACCUCGAGAUCCUAAAUCUCAUCGAUAACCAACUUGUGGGGGGAAUUCAUGCCAAUCUUGGUUCUUUACCAAGGCUUCAAUUAUUGGCCUUGAGUGAGAACAGACUUGUAGGUCAUAUCCCUGCUACGAUCGGAAACCUCUCGCUGCUACAACAGCUCUCCUUGGCAUCUAAUGCAUUGCGGGGAGAAAUACCUGAGGAAUUAUCCAGACUCAAGAGGUUAGAAUUUUUUCAACUAUCAAAGAACGAACUAACAAGUGAGAUUCCACCGGGGAUUUUUAACAUCUCCGGCCUUGAGGAGUUUUUUGUUGAUGAGAACCGAUUGCGGGGAAGCUUGCCCUCCGAAAUCGGCAACGCUCUUCCUUCUCUCAAAUACCUUUCAGCCACCUCUAACUUGCUCACAGGGACAAUUCCUUCAUGGUUAACGAAUGCCACCAGCCUUCAGGGAGUUUUCCUUUCCAAAAACGGUUUCCAUGGGCCAAUACCGAAAAAUUUGGGAAGGCUAAAGGGCCUCAACAAGUUCGGGUUGAGUUUUAACCAGUUGCAGGGUGACUUGAGUUUUAUUUCUUCUUUAGUUAAUUGUUCCAACUUAGAAAUUCUCGCGGUGGACACGAACUUGAUUCACGGACCGUUGCCGAGAUCCAUCUCCAAUCUCUCGACCAGCAUUAAGCGAAUUUAUCUGUCAAACAAUCUUAUCCAAGGAACUAUUCCUUCAUACCUCGGAAAUCUCUUCAACUUGUCUACCUUGAGUUUAUCAUAUAAUUUGCUAACCGAUCGCAUUCCCGAUUCCAUUGGAGCAGUUCACAGCUUGCAGGAACUUUUUUUGGCUGGAAACAUGUUUACUGGAGAGAUACCAUCUUCGAUUGGUAACAUGACGUCGUUAAAUACUCUUGACCUUUACUCCAACAAUUUCCAAGGCUACUUACCUCAAAGUCUCGGCAACUGCAAGCAACUAACCAUGCUUGAUCUUUCAUACAAUAACCUAAUUGGCUCGGUUCCGAUCGAAAUCAUGGGGCUUUCUUCCUUGUCGAUCUCGUUCAGUUUAGCGUAUAAUAAUUUAAGUGGAUCUAUUCCAUUGCAAGUUGGCUCUUUAAUAAAUCUCGCCGAAUUAGAUCUGUCUUACAACAGAUUGACCGGCUCAAUUCCGGCCUCCAUCAGUGGGUGCUUGAGAUUGGAACGGCUUUUCUUAGAAGCCAACUCUUUUCAUGGUCAAAUCCCCCAAGCUUUACGUCCACUACGAGGUCUAGAAGAGCUGGACCUUUCCAAUAAUAAUUUUUCUGGUCCAAUCCCGAGCUUUCUCGCAGAGCUCUCAAUGCUCAAGUACUUGAAUAUGUCCUUCAAUGAACUAGAAGGGCAAGUUCCGGAGGGUGGAGUUUUUCAUAAUGCAAGUGCUGUAUCGGUUUUUGGAAAUGGGGAACUCUGUGGAGGUGCUCCAGGUCUGAAGCUUCCUCUUUGUAAAUCACCAAGCUCUAACAAGUCUUCUUCAACCAAGGCUAUAGUGAUAUAUGUGGUAGCUGUCAGUUUGUCAUGUAUAGCUUUGUUGUUCUUGUCUAUCUUCUGUUACCGCAAAAAGAAGCAGACGAGAACCGAUGCCUUGACGUCAUUAUCCUUUGAGCACCAAUUCUUGAGGAUUUCUUAUGAAGAACUCCUAAGAGCUACAGAUAGAUUCUCCGAGACAAAUUUGAUUGGUAAAGGGAGAUACGGCACAGUUUAUAAGGGGAUUCUUGACAGCGGUGCCAUGAUGGCAGUGAAGGUGCUCAAUUUAAUGCAAAGAGGUGCUUCGAAGAGCUUUGUCUCCGAAUGUCAAACGCUAGGAACCAUUAGACACCGAAACCUAGUGAAGAUACUAAGUGUCUGUUCAAGCGUGGACUUUCAUGGCAAUGACUUCAAAGCUCUAAUAUACGAGUUCAUGGCUAAUGAGAGCUUGGAGGAGUGGCUGCACCCUGGGACUAUAGGACGAGAUGAUGAGCAUGGAGAAUCAAGAAAUCUGAGACUAGUGCAGAGGUUAAACAUCGCCAUCGACAUAGCUACUGCAAUCGAAUAUCUCCACAAGGGUUGUCAUCCAGCAAUUGUCCAUGGAGAUCUGAAGCCGAGUAAUGUGCUUCUAGACAACGACAUGGUGGCUCGAGUUGGAGAUUUCGGGCUUGCAAAGAUCAUUUCAACAGUGUCUACCGAAGCCACAGGAGUUCAGGACCAGGGUAGUUCAACUUCAACCGCAGUCAGAGGAUCCAUUGGCUAUGUGCCUCCUGAGUAUGGCAUGGGACACAAGGUUUCCACUGUUGGGGAUGCAUACGGUUAUGGCAUUCUAUUAUUGGAAAUGUUUACUGGGAAGCGACCCACUGAAGAGGCUUUUGGGCAUUGUCUUAACCUUCAUAGCUUUGUCCAAAUGGCUCUUCCGGAUCGAGCGAUGGAAAUCGUAGACUUAAGGCUUUGGAGUGAAGCUGGUGAUCGACAACAGGAGAUCAAGAUCAGAGAUUGCAUAAUUUCCGUAUUUGAAAUUGGAGUCGCAUGUUCAAUGGAAUCACCGCUGGAUCGGAUGGACAUGACUGAGGUGAUCAGGAAAUUAUACUCGAUCAAAGCGAGUUACGAAACCAAAGAGAGGAGGACAGGUAUGUAGCUAAGUCAAAUUUUCUCCUUUCAUCUUGGAACUUUUUCACUAGGAGAGAAAAUAAUCUUGCAAAGGCAGUGCUAGCAAAUUGACAUGUAUGUCUCCCUAACUUUUUCACUAUUAUGUAUACUUUUUAUAUUUACGUCAAUACUUAUAUUUAAAAAUCGUAGAAAGUGGAUGUAUGGAGUUAUAGUCUACCUAUUUCCACGAAGUAACCAUGUAAAAUUUGAUGAAUUUGCUUAUUUCCAAGGUUUUCGGCAUUUCUUAUGCCA